UAUCUUUCUCCACCGCCACUGAACUCAGUUAUGCUCGUUUUUAAGAAAAAUAAAUUAAGAUGAAGGAACACUAACAGAAAUGGCUCCGAAGAAGCAACCAGGUCCCCGGCCGAAACGUGCCGUUACAGCCACCGCCAAGCGCGCUGUCCCCGACACUACUCCUAUUCGUGUUCAUUCGUCUGAUUCCUUAACCGCUGCUAAAUCUCCACACAAUGUCGAAGCCAAAACAACCGCACAAUCAGCUUGUGAAGGUGCCCUAUUGCCGUCUUCUUCCCCUGCGAUCGAAGAUGGAAACACCUCGGUGGCACCUUCUGUUCCAGGUAUCGCAGAAACUGUGAAUGAAAUACCUGCAGACGAGAAGCGGGGAAAUUGUUCAAUGGGAGCGGAAAAUAAUAAAAUUAGCACGGGAAAUGAAACCCUACCUCUGGAGAAUAGGAAACCGGACGUCUCCCUUGGAAUUGGCUCGAGAAUCGAGGAGAAAGACUUUAUUGGUGGGAGUGAAAAUGGAGAUUCUGGCAACGAUGAUGUGGUGGCGAUGAAGCCGAAUAAGAAGACGAAGAAGGUGGUGAAGGUUGUGAAGAAGGUGGUGAAAAAAAGAGUGCCCAAAUCUAUGCAUAAGGCCAUAACUGCGUGUUCGAAUAAAGAAUUGACGACAGAGGAGGAUUUGGAUGAUGAUAGUGAAAAACUUUGCAGCAGCGAUUGUGUUUCUUCUUCAAUGCAAGAAAUUGGAAUGGUCAAUUUGAGUGGAGGACCAAAGGAUAAAGGCCUGGAGAACCAGCCGGAAAUUCUGGAUGGUGUAGUUAAUGGUUCCACGCCAAAGCAGGAUGUUGGAAUGGUGGAUUGUUCACUUUCUGUCCCAGUUAUUGUUGAAAAUUCUGAUGCCUAUGUGACAUUGUCAGUGGAAGAAGCUAAAAAUCCUGAUCAGCCUCUUGGUGUUCCUAUGGAAGUUGAAACUUUUGAUACUAUGGGUGAGGGAGGAAAAGAAGUUUCUGUGAAUGAAAUUCCAGUGAAGGGCGAAAAGAGUGAGGGUGCAGUUGAGAAAUCAGAUACUGCUACUAAAAUACCCAUGGAAAUGAUGAAUGUGGAUUUAGUUGGGAAUAGAAAUAAUGAGUGUGUGGUUCAAUUUGUGGGCUCGAGCAGCGGAAAUGAGGAGGGAGCAAAGGAGGACAGUGAGAAGGGUAAUGGAAGGAUAGUUUUGAGUGGGGAGCUGGAGGCACUGGAGAGGAGGAGGAGGAGGAAGACAGAGAUUUUCAUUGGUGGGUUAAAUACUGAUGCAAAGGAGGAGGAUAUCAGGGAGGUUUUUGAGGAAGUUGGUGAUAUUGUGGAAGUGAGAUUGGUGACUAAUAGCAAGACAGGGAAGAAUAAGGGGUAUGCAUUUGUGAGGUAUGCUUCAGCUGCUGAUGCAAAGAAGGCCUUGGAGAAAUACCAAAAAGCUGAGAUUUGUGGAAAGCAGUGUAGUACAGCAGCUGUUGAGGGCAACGACACAAUUUUUCUUGGUAACAUUGACAAGCAGUGGACAAAUGAAGAUGUCAUUAAACUUUUGCAAGAUAUAGGAAUUGAGAAAAUAGAUAAAGUGACCGUAAUGACUGAUCCUUCAAAUAUGGGACGUAAUCGUGGGUUUGCAUUUUUAGAACUUGAAACUUACAAAGAUGCUCAAAUUGCUUUCAAGAAACUUCAGAAGAAGGGUCUGGGAAAACUUCGAAAUAUAAAAGUCGCUUGGGCAGAACCCUUAAGUGAGCCAGAUGAAGAAGAAUUGCUGAAGGUUAAGUCAGUGUAUGCAGAGUAUUUACCUCCCUCCUGGGAUGCAGAAAAAGUGAGAAGUUACUUUACAAAGUUUGGAGAAAUUGAAAAUGUUGUUCUUUCCCGAAAUCUACAUUCUUCAAGGAGAAACGACUUUGCCUUUGUUAAUUUUAAAACCCGCGAAUCUGCUCUUGCAUGCAUAGAAUUAUUCAACCAUGAGAGAUUGAGCAAUGAGGGAUCUCAGGUAAAUGUGAAGGUAUCCCUUGCAAAACCUGUACAAAAGGGCAAACUCCAAAAGAAAAUCUCCAAGCCUACAAGCAAAGAAAUUAUUAAACAAAAGCAGUCAAGUCAAGGUCCUGUAAAGCCUGUUGAACCGAGAUACAGCAAAAUGCCUGCCAUACAUGUUAGCAAUCAAGUAUUGGGUGAUAUAAGCGCCUCUGGAGCUGCUGAGCUUGAGCAACGCUUAGCUGAGCGAGCUCUACAAAAGCAAAUGCAAGCAAGAUUGACCUCGGGCAUGACAAAUCGUGAUUAUUCUCAUGUGUUCCCUGGACAGAAACGCUCUUUUUAUAUGUUGGGAGAUGAUCUGAAUUAUUCAGAUCCUAGAGGGUAUGCGCGUAUUCGAAUGGAUAGUUCUUCUCCAGUUGGAAGCCUAAGCCAUGGUGAAGUUCCCCCAGUUUUUGGAAUGGCUUCUCUUUCCUAUUAUCAGCAACAAGGUGCUGGUUAUGCAUUAGGUCACAGAUAUCCAGAUUAUGCAAAUAGUUUUCAGAGAGAAGAACCUCCUUAUCAUGGCUGUGGUAGAGAUUACUACAAAUAUUGAUGGCUUCACUGAGAUCCUUUUUUGAGAGGCAGAACUUGCUGCUGGGAAGAUCAAGCAAAAAUUUUGUACGUGCGUGUAGUUUGUUGUUGCACGGAUCAUACGCAAAAUCUUGUAUAGGGUUCCUUCUUUUUAUCUAUGGAUGUUUUAACUCUUCCAAGUAUUUAGUAGAUAAAACUCUCAUUCUUGUCUAAAUGUUGCGGAAUCAUUAUUCACUUGUGUUAAUCUUUUGGAUGAUAUACUCAUAUUGAGAAGUUGAAUAUACAGAAAGGGCUUCCCCUUGGGUUAUGGUUAAAGAAGAGAAACCCAUUUCAUACUGUUGGGGACAAAUUGUAAGUCCUCGUCAAAUAUAUAUGUCAAUUUUU